AUGCGUCUCUCUUUUGCUCUUCCAGCACUCCUUCUCGCUCCUUUCGCUCAUACGGCAACCACCGCGGUCAAGACCACCACUUGCUCCGCCACCGAUCUCAAAACUUUCAAUGGAGAUGUCAAAUAUGGUGAAGCGUUCUGCGAGUUCUGGCUCAUCAUCAGUCGCAACACGUCGCCUCUCCCUGAUCUUGCGGCUAGCUCUCUUACCAGUGUCUGUAAAUGUGUUGUCAACGGCCAAUCUUCGACAAGCAGCACAUCUACCUACACCAUAAACAGAGGAGAAAAGCUGGUCUCGACGCCCGCAAGAUCUUUAAAGGUCUCGAAGAGAGCUGUUACCACUAGCAAGACAACCAGCACAAAGCUUGCUUGUGUAAGCAAGGAUGUCACUGCUGUGCAGGAUGAUAUCACCCACACUGUUCCUUUCUGCAAAUGGUGGGCUGCAGACACAAGAACCAACUCACCUAUCCCUGGCCUCUCUGCGUCUCAGGUGACAAAUGCAUGCAAAUGCAUCCUGAACUCGCCAACAAGUACAUCCAGCAUCAAAUCAACAGCUGCCAAGAUCGUCUCGUCCCCAGCAAAGGCUUCGACGUCAUCUUCAGCAAAGUCUUCAGUCAAGUCUUCAUCGAAAGUUUCGAGCACUUCCAGCAAGAAGUCGUCUUCUAGCGUCAAGAGUUCGAGCGUCAAAAGUUCGAGCACCAAAACUUCCACCACGGCCACCCCUGGCAAAGUUUCCUCUUCGACCGCUAAGAGUUUGUCAUCGAAAGUCGCCAGCUCUUCAUCAGGAAUUAGCAGUUCAAAGGCCUCAUCUAGUGUCCCUGCUGCAAAAUCUAGCUCUUCGGCUUCAAAGUCUACAUCAGUUUCUUCCACCAACACCCGAACGAGAGGAGGACCCACCACUAAGACUUCAUCGGCUCUUUCAACUUCAAGUGUAUCAAAUGCAGCAGGAUCGAGCACACUGACGUCUUCAACGGGAAGCACACGGUCGUCAUCGUCUGUGAGCCAGUCAUCCUUAUUCUCGUCAUCAUCCUCCGCGACUCAGUCAUCCUUAUCCUCCUUAUCAUCAUCAACUAGUUCCAGGCCAGUUGCAACUCGCGUUCGAGGUCAGGCAGUAGUGGCACCUGCAAGCUCUUCAGCUAGCCAGGCUGGUUCGACUUCAGCAUUGCAGGAAGCGUCGAGCAGCUCAUCUGGAAAUGUACCCGAGUCCUCGAAUGCCGACUUGGGCGUUUCAGGAUCCACUUCGAGCGACCUCAAUGGCUCCGUCUCGCAAUCAUCUUCGUCUCAAGGCGCCCCAACCACUACAUCGACAACCAGCCAGGUCCGCAUUCGAGGUAGCAAGGUUCCUGUCACGACUUCGGCAACAAGCCCGGCCUCUGCAGCUCAGACUACUUCUUCCUCUGCCUCGCAUCAGUCUGUCCCUUCAUCCCAAGCCUCUUCUGUCUCACAGAUUCACGUCUCUUCAUCUCGAGUGGCCUCGCAGGCAUCAGUCUCUUCGUCUCAGGCGACUUCUGCAUCGCAGGCAUCCGUCUCCAUUUCUCGCGUAUCUGUUUCGUCUUCUGCCAGUUCUACAGCAGCUUCCUACGUUCCUGCCAGUUUCUUUAUUUACAUGGCCACAUCGACCUCCAAGCUUCAGAAUAACAACGGAGAUGGUACGACAAACGAUAACGGUGUCCUUGGAUUUGAUCUCGGAGACUCUGCAACUUCGCAAGAGUUCAGCUUCGAUCCUAUGACCAACCAUAUCCUGUUUGGCAACUAUGUCUUAUCUGUUUCUCAGAAACACACCAUCACUCCCUUUGAGUCUGGAAACACUGCGACAUACUACAACGUCUUUGAGAGUACUGAGAACAGCGACGGUUCCGUGCCUCUAACCUGCUCUUUUGACUCCGCACUUGGUAUGACCUGUUCUGCAGCAAUCGAUGGUCAGAGCCUUGUUCAGAUGUCAGUCGUCAAUCUUGAUGGAUCCCUGUUCCUAGUGAUGCGCGCAGCUUCUGUUCAGGCCAACGACCCGGACACGACUGAUGUUAAGCUGUACGCUGCUUCAGCCCAGGCUGCCAGCUCUUCAUCAGGAUCAGCCAUUUCCAGCAGUAUCGGCACGGUUGCCACCUCAUUUACCGGCGGCUCUUCUGCAUAUACUAGCUCGGUUUCCCAGUCUGUUGUCAGCAGCUCGAGCACCUCGGUCUCGCCAAAUAUCUCGAGCACUUCUCAAAUAGUUUCCAGCAGUGAAAGCGUCGAGCCUUACGCGACCUCCCAGACAUCAGUCAUGGCAAGCAGCACCUCGGUUGAUGCUCCCAGUGCAAGUUCCUCAAUAUCGACGGAUAUGGCAACGACUUCUUCUGGAAGCUCGUCAACUCUGCCCAUCACUUCUGACACUGCUGUUUCCAGAUCCAUGGUUGGCGAAAGUGCUACAGAUCUGACCGAGUCUUCUCUGGCUACCGAGACAAGUAGCUCAACUGUGUCGCCAGAGUCCAUAUCGGCCACCUCCACUGCUGCGAUCUCGCAAAUUUCGUCUGAUAUCGAGCCAUCCUCUUCGGUUAUCUCUGAACAAGCAUCGGCAUCUGACAGCGAAUCUGCAUCGGUACCAACUCCUGAGAACUCAUCAGUUACUUCUGAGUCUUCUGGAGAGACUAUUAUGAUCACAUCCAGUUCGCCUGUCGUCACACCUGAGGCAGAUUUGUCGACUUCUUCAUCUCCAGCCCAGACACCAAAUGAUAUGGACGCUAGCAACCCUCAGACUCCUGAAAGUACGAGCAUGGGCUCGGCAACAAGCACUGAUGCCGGGUCGCUCAACAGUCCAACCGCCACUCCUGAGAGCCGAGCCGCCGGUGUUUAUGCUUCUCACUCUGACACCUCGGCCGAUAACACUGCUCUCCAGAGCAAUGGCACUGCCACUGGUUUCAACUGGGAUUGGGAAACCAUCCAGCUCAAUGUCGACAGCAUGAAGUGGCUAGUAGACUCGAAUGGAAGCUACCAAGGCUUCCAGAUCGACAGUCAAACACCAUUGAGUAUGGCAUCAGGCCCCGUUCUUCCGCUGUCCACAGAUCACGUCCCUGGCUACGCCUAUCUGGGCCCAUGCAGCGUUGACUCCAAUAACUACUUGUCAUGUCAAGCUACCGAAUCAGGUACGCAGACUACCGUCGACUUUUUCCUCGUUGCAGGUGAAAAGAUUGGCUCGUGGAUCUUGUACGCCGGCUUCCACGAUCUCAGUUAUCAUGAUGUUGACUUGCAACUAAUCGCACCAUCUAAAGACUCUGCAUCUUCUACAGUUAUUGUAGGAGCGUCAUCCACAUCUAGUGCAUAUGCAUCAACUACUGAGGCUACAAGCACCGAAUCUUCUGCAGAAUCUACGAUCGAUUCAUCCACCAGCUCGCAAGAUGUACAAGUUACCUCUACCAGCUCGCAAGAUGCUCAAACCACCUCCACUAGCUCGCAAGAGACUGGAGCUACCGACAUCGAUGCCGGACUAUCCAGCGACAACGAUCAAGCCACCAGUGUUCAGUCUGUAGAUAAUACACAGACCACUGGUUCUGGACUUGUCUCUACCACUUCGACGGAAACUCCGUCCACCGAUGCUUCUCAAGCUACAACGGCGUCUUCUGUCGAUGAUUCGCAAACUGUUGGGUCUGGAAAUGCUUUCACCACUCUGUCUGCCGAAGCUUCCCAGGCGACGGAUACAGAUGCCCCAGGAAACACUUCUUCUGACAAUGUCGGCGCCACCGAUAGCACGUCUAGUGAUAGCCAGAGUGUUGAAGCGACACCAUCUGCCACAGUCUUGUCGUCAACUACAACUGGAAGCGAUUCUGCAAGUGCCACUGAUGUAGUCUCUCGAUUUUACCUCUACGCGACCAAUUCAUCGUCGUCUGCCGAUGAGACUAGUCUCGAGACCGAGAAUAACUCCGGUUUCUUGGGUUUCAACAUGGCUGCCAACACCUUCGAUAUUCGCAACUAUACCUUGGACUCUUCGUCUGGUUACGUAUAUGAUGGCGAGACAUCUGACAUGCUGGCGGUAUGGCCUGGACAUGGAGACAACAUCAUGUUAGCAUCGCCUGAGGAUGUCAAGGCUAACGACUAUAUCCCUGUUAUCUGGCUCUACAUUGAUACUCAAGGCUCUAGCCAGUACCUGAAAAUAGGCUCAUCUGCAAAUGGGUCUGCUGGCUACCAGGGCAACUCUUCUCAUGCCCAGAACGCGUCUAGCGCAGGCUCGCCUACUUCAUUAUCAUCGAACUUAUACCAGACUGUAGUCUUGAGACUUUCUUCACAGCCGAAGACGGAGCAGACUCUGUCUUCAACGGAAAGCAGUGUUUCUGCCACCGACGCUUUGAGCAGCGCGACUGUAUCUGCUAGCAUUGACAGCGCUUAUGAUGUUUCAACACAAUCUGCCGCAACACCCGCAUCAAACAGCGCAGUCACCACGACUGAUUCUCAGAGCCCCACACCCUCGGUUACUGAAUCCAGUGCCGAACAGAGCACAGUUGUCAGUGAUACCAGCUCAAGCCAGAUCUCCACCGAGGACACAGAUGUACCAUCGACGGUAUCGAGCGAGUCUAGUUCGACUACUGUUGAGCUCCAGGCAGAGUCCACCGACAUUGCGUCAUCUGAAGUGGCGAGCAGUACAAUUGUUCAGAGCAACAACACCUCCACUUCGGUUUCUGCAAGCUCUACCACUGUUUCGUUCUAUAUUCGAGACGCCGGUAACAACUUUGUUACGGUAUCUCCAGGACAAGACGGUGCUAGUAGCUACGUUACUGGUCAAGACUCUGCCACAUCAUUCUACAUCGACCAAGCUACGGGGUAUCUUAUCGAGGCAGGCUUGAACACUACGUAUGCUGCCAACCGCAAUCCCAUGAACACUCCUGAAAUUCUCUACUUCAGUACAGUGGUGGACUCUCACAGUUAUAUCUCUUGUUCGCAGAACGAGAAGACUGGUGAGUUGGGGUGCAAGUCCGACAACGUCGUUCAACAAGCAAUGACUUGUAACAACGACGGCUACCUAUACUUUGCACCUACUGUUCCUUCUCAGUGCUCUUGGGUUCCUUUGUACUAUGUGGCUGUCUCAAACGUCAACCAGAAUAUUGCAAGUACUACGGCUGUCUCGAGCAACAGUGCUCCUGCAAGCGUGUCGGCUUCGGUCACUAGUGACUCGUCUUUUACUAGCCAAUCUCCUAGCGAGACUGGCACUGCAAGUGAUUUGACGUCGAGUGUUGAUGUUAGCAGCACCUCCGAAUCUAUUAUCAGUUCUCCGGAGAGUACCUCUCGGUCGACUUUGGAUGUCUCGUCUACCUCGGAUGCUCCAGUGUCCAGCAGUGCCGAUCCGGCAACUACUCUUUCGUCAGAUAUCACAUCAAGCACCGAGACAGUCCAGAGCUCCACGACGACAGAGCUCUCAUCGAACGAUUCAAGCACGAUCCAAGCAUCGUCGACUGAUUCAAGCUCGCCCCAGGCAUCAUCGUCUACUAGCACUGAUCUCCCCACUGGCUUGUCAUCAUCUCUGUCUUCAAGUAGCGAGAGUGUCACAUCCUCCAGUACCGAUGCUUUGUCGACACAGACUUCUUCUACAGAAAGCACUGACUUGGCAACUUCUGUAUUGGCAUCGUCAACUCAAUCGCAGGAUAUUUCUACAGCUCAAUCUUCUUCUGGAGAGACUGAUACAUCCUCGAUUAGCAUUUUCUCAACUCAUUCUACUUCUAGCGAGAGCGCCAUCAUCACCAGUAGUUCCGAUGCCUCUCAGACGACCGACUUUGGCUCUAGCAGCGUUGCUGCGGGUCCCACCUCAGUCGAUUCACAAAGCAGUACCAUUUCAAGCCAGACCACCUCAACUCCCGAUUCGUCCUUCGCAAGCCAGUAUACUCCGGCACCAUCCAGUGAUGUCCCUUCGAGCACCACUUCCGCUGCAAGUAGUUCUGGACUGCCUAUGGCUACUCUUUGUCCUUCUGCCAAUGGCCAGAACAUUACAGACUCUUACAGCAACAACUAUACUGUUCACUGUUUCUCCGACUCCACGGUCAACUCGUACUCAAGUGCUCAGGCAGUGGUAAACUACCUCGACUGUAUGACUGCUUGCGACGAUGCUUCGGCAAGUGGCUGCACAGGCUUCACAUAUGUUGGCAGUGAGAAUGGCGACGCCAGUGGUGUUUGUUACCUGAAGACCUCGUCUGGUAGCUUCACAACAGCUGGUGCGAACUACAUCUCGGGUCAGUUGUCCUCAGUCAAUUCGACCCGAGAUGAUGUUUCUGCCGGCGCAAGCUCUUCGGGCGCUCUAAGCAACCCUAGUGCAGUAAACACUCUGGCGGCUGCGUCUUCUGCUAUCAGUAGCACCGACUCGAUGAGCUCCACCGUUUCUGUGGCCUCUUCAUCGGCUUCAGACAGCUCCAGUAUAUACAGCAGCACUGUGGACACAAACGGAAACAAUGCCGCUGCUAGCAACAAUGGAACUCCAUGGACACUCUCAACCAACGAUGGUCCAGCCAGUACAUCGGCAUCAGCCACUAGCAGUCUUGAUGUUCAAGCUACUUCCACAAGUAGUGAUAUAUUGUCUAGCUCAUCCGAUGUUAGUACGUCUGGUGUGAUUCAGUCAACUGAUUCGUCAUCAGCAAGCCUUAUUUCAACCUUGGUCAGCAUGUCGAGCUCAUCGACAGAUGUAAUCAUUAGCAGCAGUGCGUCUGCGACAUCCUCAUCGGUGUUGGCUUCGACGACCGAAUCCUCGUCCGUUAUCAGUAGCGCGCCUUUGACGUCCUCGUCAGUAUCAGCCUCCACAUCGGAUUCUUCACCAAGCAUAAGUAGUGUGCCUUCGACAUCCUCAUCCGUGUUGGUUUCGACGUCCUCAUUCGUGUCGACUUCGACAUCCGGCUCUUUAUCUACCUCGAGCAGCCUUGAAACAUCGACAAUCACGGCUGUCGGCUACAAUGGCAACCUUGCUUCUGUCUCCACUUCUGGAUCCGAUCAAGGCAGUGUUCCAUCAUCAAUCACGACGCCUACCAAUUCUAUGGUGUCUAGUACCACCAAUGUUAUUUCGAGCACCGCUUCAACCACGUCUGAGAGCCCAUCGUACUCUGUUGGGAUGCCUAGUCCUACUUGGGCACCCUCCUCUUCGAGCAGCACUUUUUCGGUCUCCUCUAGCGAUAGCGUUGUCGCUUCUAGCCAAAGCUCUAGCGCUUCUUCAGUCACCUCUAGCCAGAGUAUCGUGUCUUCCUCGACUGUCUCCAGCCAGAGUGUUGUCAGUUCGUCAGCGGUCUCGAGCCAGAGUACUGAUUCUUCCUCGAUGGCAUCUAGCCAGAGUGUCGUUUCUUCCUCGACAGUGUCUAGCACGAGUGUCAUUGCUUCAUCCGGCAGUACUCAGGGCUUCCCAUCCAGCAUAAGCUCUUCGGCAGCCUCUUCACUGUUCAGUAGCUCGAUCAGCUCUUCAGUAGUGUCUAGCAGUGCCUCGGUUGCUUCAUCACCGAGCGUCUCUGCCAGCCGCAGUUCAUCGGUCAACUCUGUGUUUACCAGCGCCAGCAGCACAUCGGCAAGUGCAGUCCCUUCGACUUCGAGCCAAGCAAGCACCAGCUCCUACAAUUCUGUCUCAGCCGCCAAGUCUAUUAUUGAAGCUUCGAGCUACCAGCCUUUCUGCUCGACCUAUCUCGGAUACAGUUCUUCAACUCAGACCAUUACAACAACAAGCACUCAUCAGGUCGUGGCUACUACGACGACUACGACUACAUCGCUCGUUGCCCAGACCAAGCAGUACAGAAAGCGUGAUGUCGAGCAGCCGAGCGCUACUUGCGACUGUGAGAACCAUACUCAUGAGCUUAGAGCUACAAGCUCCGCUAGCAUUGUUCCCUCAGCCAUCCUUCGUCGCAGAAGUGGAUCUUACGCUGAGAUGCCGACAACGCAGUUGCAGCGUCGUGCCAACACAGCCAGCUCGAACACCACGCCAACGCCUCUUAGAACCUUCUCAUCGACUGAUCUCAGUUCGGCGUGUAGCUCGGAGGUCACUUCUCCUACAGUCUCGACAACCACUCUUACGAGCACUGUCACAGCAUCGACCACUACAACGCUCACCCAGACGACAACAUCUACCACCGUUAUCUCAGUGGCAUCAAGCGCCCCAACUGGUGUGGUCGGAUACAUGUCUUUCAGGGCACCCGUCAACUCCGGCGGUCAAUACGCUCUUUCGGAUCCCGCUACACACAUGACGGACAAUUACUAUGCCAACAGCACUCGCGAGACCUUCAUCAUUACCAACACCAGCCAACUUUAUUCCGUUACACACAAUGCGUAUUAUUACUACCAAACACCCACUGGAGCCGACAAAUUGUACUGGAGCACAAGCAAUACGACGGGAAGCACCAACUGGGUGCCUGGCAGCACCACCUCAGAUGGAUACACGCAGCUUCUCAUGGUAGACACGCGCUAUACCGCGAAGACAUACUACAAGUUCUGCUUGAUGAAACUUGGAUCCAACGAUGCAAAUUCGGCCACUGGAUACCACGUCUACUACUACAAUAGUACUGCAACACUCCCGACAAACUGUGGUGCCACACAGCUCUGGUUCGCGCCUUCCUAG